UUAGCACGCCGCGUUCAGUACAGUGCAAAGUGUACCUAUCUAUUUUCUACUUCAAGGAAAAAUAAGUCAAACAACAUCGCGCUAUGAUCUCAUACGCGAAGAGAAGCUGACGAGCAUAUUGACAUUAGGUUAAGCGCUAAAAUUCAAAUUCAAAUUCACAUCACACAGAAACGUUCCGUCGCGGGUGAAGCCACUUGUUGGGCGCUCAAAAAUCAAAAGAUAAAACAGCCGUUUGUUGAAGUUAUAACCUUCUUCAGAUAAUGUAUUCUCACGUCGCCGUCCACCGGUCAAUCAUAAUGGCGGACAACCAGCAGCAGAACGGUUCCGACACGGUGGACAAAGCCGCCGUCGAGGUGGCCCAGAUGGCGCUGGAAAGUAAACCGGAACCGGCGGCAAAGGAACCGGCCAGUCCGGCACCCUCGGGCAGUGAUCCGGCGGCCAAAAAGGAGGCAAAUGGCACCACCCCGAAACCCGCGGCACCGGUCUCGGCGGCCGCCUUCCGCGAGCAGUUCAAAGCGUUCUCCAAGUUUGGGGACACCAAAUCGGACGGCAAACACUUGACCCUGUCCCAGAGUGAUAAGUGGAUGAAGCAGGCGAAGGUUAUCGACAAGAAAAUUACAACCACCGACACCGGCAUUCACUUUAAAAAGUUGAAAUCGAUGAAACUUUCCUUGGAGGAUUACAACAAAUUUCUGGAAGAUCUCGCAAAGACCAAGAAGAUCGAACUGGACGAAAUCAAAGGAAAGUUGGCAAAUUGUGGAGCUCCGGGAAUCCAUAACGCAACGCCCGGAAAAGCGGCAGAAACGGUGGCACGGCUGACCGACACCUCGAGGUACACCGGCUCAAGCAAGCAACGCUUCGAUGAAACCGGCAAAGGUAAAGGAAUCGCCGGUCGUAAAGAUCUUCCUGAUGGUUCCGGAUACGUGACCGGAUACGGCCAUAAGAAUACCUACGACAAAACACAUUAGAUGUGUGUAUUAUGUCGGUUCUUCCUAACAAAUCUCGCCCCUCCCUCUUCCAUAAAAAAACAUUUAAAUGAAACAAAUAUAUAUUUAUAGAUUGUUCAUAACAUUACACAAAGUGAAAAAUUGGCUAAUCAAAACUUCAAUCCAUUGCGUUGAUUGUUUCGUUUUCAUCCAACAAUAAUGUUAAGUUUGUUUUGUUGAACCUAAGUUAAAAAUCAUCUGUAGAGAAA